AUGGCGGUUACCGUCUUACCACCCAGCUCGAUUUCGGAGUCCGUCAAGCAGGCUGUGCGGUCGACGUCAACAUGCUCCGAUGCUACCGUGUUGUCCCUCCAAACAUUGCUCCGCGGUUCGUCAAAGGCGCCCGAGAAGCCUGUCCGGCGGAAUACAAAGACUACGAAGGAACCCGCUAUUACGACGAGUCGAGCGAAGACGUCUAGAACGAUUAAGACGCGAAAUACGAAUGAUACGACGUUGCACCUCGUUGACCAGGAUGGCCCCGCGUUGUCGCCUCAGGAGAAGCUCGUGCUUGCGACGGAGGUCUUCAAUGUCACAUUGAAGACUUUGACGGACGCGUCGAAAAUCCCAGCUACGAAACGACAAACUGCGACAUCGGAUAAUCUCUCGACCAAGUCCGGGAGAACCAAUGGGGCCGGCGUGGACAAAGGCGUCUCCUCGGCCGCGGAAUGCGCGAGGCUAGCUCUGGCAACACUACGAGCACUCAAGAACGACCAUCAAUCAUCAACGGAACUAGCGAAUAUACAAUUCGAGCAGGGCGCGUGUGUGUUAGCUGGGAAAUUGAUUUCUCUGGGAUUGAACGAGAUGGCGUGCAAGGAACUUCGAUCGCUGAAGAGGAGGAUACAACUACAUCUCGAUACGAAACAAGCCGGGAAAAAGGGUGUGCCGGCAAAGGAUGUUGCGGAUGAAGAUGCGGGCAAGGAACGAAUGUCCGAUCUUCUUACAUUCUCGAAUAUCGCCAAUGCAGAGUCGGUGUACGGAUUGCUGGUUUCUUACCAUGCGAAUGCGAUGCGGCUUCUUGUUGCUGAGAAGAAACCCUCGACAACUGAGCGCCUUGUUCCUUUCUUGCAACUGUCUGAUCGGAGUAGUCCUGCUUCUAUCAUUGUUGCUGCUAUGAACUCUGGGAAUUUGACCAGCGACAAAGCUGCUCUCCAGCUACAACUCCUCUCCAACACAGUGCUGUCUCUAUGCGCCGGCAAGUCCUCUUCCACCGACGGAUCGACAAGCAAAGACACACUGAAACCAAUCACGACGCUCAGUCUACAACUUUUAUCUCUCGAGAUACGCUGCUUGGGGUGGAAAACAUCCGGCCAUGUCUGCGAUGAAAGUAAGGAAAUGAUUGAUCCGCUCCUACGCUACCUCGGUGUCUUCUCCCAUCGCAGUAAAGAUAUUGAGAAGACCGACUUUGCGGUAGUCUACAAGACGAUUACGCGGAUUCAAUCUUCAAUGGCGGAAAUCAAGAAACAGCGUCAAGACCCCAAGGAUAUGAACUCGGCUGCCAAGAUAAUGACCGUUCUUGGACAGCUCGCUUUGGAUGCGGGAUGUCUUGAUGAGUCGCUCAAGCUCUUUGCCCAGGCAGUCACUCCACUUUCCAACUCUCAGAGCCUUGCUCUGGCUACCGUCCGUUGCAAAAUUGCCUUUGUCUAUUUCCAGGGCCUGAAAGAAUCGAAGAAGUUCCUCGAUGGAGCUUUGAAGGCUACCGCAGAGGCUAGUAUUGCGUUGGGAUUGCAAUUACGAGGUAGUGUCACUGAUUUGGAUGAAUUGGUGGUUGAAUCUGCUAGGCUGAAGAAGCUUGCAUUGGCCUGGUUUGGCGAGACGAUCACCAAGUCUGUCGAGAGUGAUACCGAGAAGAACGAAAUUGCAUCCCAGAUCCGGGAAUAUCUCCAAGCUUUCUUGAGAUUACUCCGGCGCUAUGUCGGGCGGUCUCCGGCAGACGGUGGUGACGAGAAGGAGGCUGAGGUGUUCAGGGUUCGGAUUGCAAUGUCUAAGAGUAUUAUCCUUGCAGGUGUGGACUCGGCUGUUGCUAUUGGACGACUAUCGGUUAUGUCUCAGAGGCCGCCAUGGGAUGACAUACUUCCUAUUUUGACGGAUUGCCACCGACUACUCACGAGCAUUGAAGCUACCGAUGGAGACGGUUUCGAUACAUCGCUGACUGAGAACAUCGGCGCUGCACUUGUCAAGCUUUCUAACCUCUUUUGGUCUCGAUACAUCAAGGAGAAAGAGGCUGGCCAGGGCUAUCGCGAGCUUUUACCCCUGUUGAAACAGUCGACCCAGCUGCUCGCUACUUGCUCGCCUGGCCAUCGAACUACCGCAUUUGCCGCUCUGAAGUUUGAGAGAACUGCUCACUUGUACCUGGAUGGUAACAAGUUUGAUGAUUCUGAAAAGGCAUUUAGAUCCUCCAUCUCAGAAUACAUCAACGCAGGGACACUUGAGGACAUUGCUAAAGGCAACGCAGGAGCUAGCCCCAGCAUGCUCAAUCAUGACCCCCAGAGCCCCGGGUUCAUGCUCAGCCGCGUUCUUUCUGCGUUUUUGAAGACGAAGCUACGCAGGAAGGGAUUCAAGACUUUGUCUGUCUAUGAUGAUGAUGAGCUGGACUCUGGGCAAAGGGGAAUGCUCCUCGAAUGGCAAAUGGGCCUUCUUUGUGAUCUCCAUGGAUAUUGCUCAAGUGAGGAUAACUUUCAGUCAAUUCUCAGCCCGGUUGUAUCCAGUUUACUCGACAUUUACUCUGCCGAACUCUACCCCAUCCGACACGGCCGAGUCAUUCUCUUUGCUCUUCGUUUCCUACUGGAACACCCUAACGCCAUGAAUGCUGAUCUGACGGCAAGACUCAUGGACGAAGGAACGGGGGCUCUCCAGUGCGGCAAGGGAACCGGUGAGGACAUAGACCUGGCUCCAUUCGCAGCACACCUCACAAACUCUCUACGCUUGAUCAUUGGCUUCCAUCAAGGCAAGAUGGACGUAUGUGAACUAGACGAUACCCUUUCCUCUUGGGCUUCCAUGGUCCGCCAGUGCUCCGAUGCAAAGGCGCUCUCUCUUUGCAUCACAGAUACCGAUUAUUGGGUCCUUCAGCUAAAGGCUUUAGUGGACUACACCGAGAUCCACGGCCUUUGGAAAGCGCAGCUCUCUGCCUUGGAACUGAUUCUCCGUGCAUCAGAGCUCCUGCAAUCUGGAGACCUAUCAGAUGCUAUUGUUAUUCUUGCUCGACUAGUACUGCAACACUGUCGUCUCGGUCAUUGUCAGAAGGCUGGAGACCUGCUCGCGCGCGGCGAGCAGUAUCUUGCCAAACACCAGGUUUCCUUACUCGCGACUAUCUCGUACAAACUUGCUCGGGUGGAAUAUCUGCUCGAGACAAGGGAGAUUGACAAGGCAGUCGCCACUCUUUCCGCAGCUAGAGUACUUUACCAGAAGGGUCAGAGCUCAGACGAGCUCAACAAUUUGACCGUUCUGUCCAAGAUCUCGUGGGAACGAUUGAUUGCGGAUGCUGCCUUUGUUCAGUCCCGGCUAUCCACUGCUCAGGGCUCCAUGACUCAUGCGUUGUACUUUGCCAAGUUGUCUGUGAGACUGAAUUGCCGCAUCUGGGCGAAAGUUGAAAAGCUGGCUCAAAAGAAACAAGAUCGAUCACUGCCUUCUAGUGCAGGCUCGGAUGUUGAGAUUGUCGCUGAUGGGAUGGCGAAGCUUGACCUUUCUCAGAACGGGUCUUUGCCGGAUGUAUCGGCCAGCUAUGUUCAAGGAGCUCCGUUUUGGCCACAUCUUGGGUCUCAUCACACCUGCUUGUUGAAUCUAGCGACUUUGUCUGCUCAUCAUGGCCUAUUUCAAGAUGCCAUUUACUAUGGAGAACAGGCUUUGAAAAUUGACAGGACACUCGAUGCCAAUGUACGACUCGUUGCUGCUCAAACUCAGCUUGGAUGCUACUGGAUUCUCGGAGGUCAUCUGAGCGAAGGUCAAGAUCUUCUUGCCGCGGCUUCUGACUCGUCUAAACAGCUUCACACGAGCAUCGAGACUGUUUCACUACACAUGGCUCUUGCCUCUCUUUACCGGGUACAAGGACAACAUGAGAAAGCGCUUCGCCUGCUUCAAGAAGCAGAGAAGGCCAUUGCGUCUGUAACUUCUUCUGAUACAGUAAGCACCUCGGAAGUGCCGAACGUUGCAGCCCUUGAGGAGAAGAUGGCAAAGUUGCAGGUCCGCAGCAGUAGACGCACGCCAUCGACGACUUCCGCUGCUGCACCUGUACGUCGGACACGAGCGACUAGCUCAGCUGCUACCUCUCGAACCUCGAAAAAGACCUCUGCGUCCAAGACCCCGAUGCCAGAGGUUCAAUCGAAUUCUCUCCUUCGACUUAAGGGCGACGUCCUCCGACAACAAGCUGAUUGCUUGCGUGCCCUAUGCGAUUUUGACCUCUCUGCCAAAACCCUCGCCGAAGCCCGACAAUGUGCAACUGCCCGCGAGAGCAAAGUCUCAAUCGAAAUCGGCGAAAGCGAACAUCUUCUCGCCGAUGCUAUCCGCCAUUUCGCCAGCCACGCCGUGUACUGUGUUCUUCCCGAAUCUACCAUCUCCCUCCCAUCUCUCAAGUCUCCAGUCAAGGGAGGAGAAGAGCCAACGCCACAACCUGCAAAGCCUACUGCGGCAAAGAGAACCCGCGCUCCGGCUAAGACUACGCGCGCCAAGGCGCAGAAGGCCAGCGAGGACUUUUCCAUUAUGCUUUCGAAAGCGAGUGAUUGUCUGACGAGUGUUUUUGCUGAUGCUACUGUUCUUGGUUCGACUCUUGAGAGCCAUACCGCGUCUCGCUUGAUGAGUCGGAUUUCGAUGCUUUCGCAUGCUACAACCCCGGGAGGUCCUGCUAUCUGGGCGCAAUCGCCUGCGAAUAUGAAUGGUGAGUGCUGGACAAAAGAAAGGCAUACAAUUUACAUGCUAACCGACAUUUUAAUUCCCGUAGAAAUCGGUCGCGUUGGAGCUUUCGCUCGAGAACGCAUGGCUAUUGACUUUGAUCGACAACUGUCCGACUUUGCCGAUCCACUGCUGUGGCCGACUUCCUCGCCCACGACCAUCGAAAUGAGUGACGAUAUUUGUACUAACUUUGCCGAGAACUACAUCGAUAUCUUGCCUGAAAAUUGGAAUGUCCUCUCCCUGUCCUUGAGCGCAGACCGCACCGAGUUUGUCGUGUCACGACUACAAAAGAAUCGCUCUCCGUUCCUGCUUCGACUUCCCCUGCGAAGAGGAAAUUCGGAUGACGAUGAGGAGGAGCAGUUUACUUUCGAAGAUGGCAAGGACGAAAUGCAGGAGCUUAUCAAGCUGGCUAAUCAAAGUGCGCACGCUGCGAAGGCCCAAACAAAUAAGGCAAUGAAGAGGGAGUGGUGGAAGAACCGGGAAACUCUUGAUCGUCGAAUGGAGAGCCUGCUUCAGAAUAUCGAGAAUGUCUGGUUUGGAGGUUUCCGUGGUAUCUUCUCGCCUCUCGCGCGAGAUGGUGAUGCGUUUGCCCGAUUCGCGGCUGCCUUCGAGGGUAUUCUCGACAAGCAUCUGCCCUCCCGUCAAAAGGGGGGUAAGGCGUCCUCACCCCGUCUUACCCUGCAUCAGAAUGUUGUGGAGCUCUUUAUUGGUCUCCGCAAUCUGGAAGAGGAAGAGGAGCCUGAGGAUAUCUUGAUGGAUCUGCUCUACUUUGUGGUGGACAUUCUCCAAUUUCAGGGUGAACGCAACGCCUAUGACGAGAUUGACUUUGACAUGAUGGUCGUCGAUACACUUGACGCAUUGCGCGGUUACCAUGAAGCUGCACGGGAAGAACUUGCUACCUGCUCCCCUAGCCACACGGUGCUAGUCCUCGACAAGGCCUUGCAUCUAUUCCCAUGGGAAUCUCUUCCUUGUCUCCAGGGUUUCCCCGUCUGCCGAGUCCCAUCUCUCGAGUGUCUCCGUGAGCGAGUUCUCAAUUUCCGCAAGUCCCAAUCUGGCGCUGUCAUCAAGCGUACUUCAGGUUCAUACCUGCUCAACCCGACGGGUGAUUUGCGCACAACACAGGAAACCUUUGACGGGGAUCUAUCCAAACUGGAUUCCUGGACGGGAAUGGUCAAUCGGGAGCCCUCCGAAGAUGAAUUCCGCGCCUCCCUAGAGAACAAAGAUCUCUUCCUGUAUUUCGGCCACGGCAGCGGCGCGCAGUACAUUCGUGGCCGUACCGUCAAACGCCUGACAAAGUGCGCCGUUGCAUUCUUGAUGGGCUGCAGCAGUGGUACUCUCACCGAGGCGGGCGAGUACGAGCCCUAUGGCACGCCAAUGAAUUAUCUUCAGGCUGGUAGCCCGGCACUUGUAGCUACGCUGUGGGACGUGACUGAUAAAGAUAUCGAUCGGUUUGCGACGUCCACGUUUGAGACGUGGGGAUUGGUGGAGGGGAAGUGCAAGACUCGUUCUGCGGGUGACGCAAGUUUGGAUGCGGCGGUUGCUGGGGCGAGGCCGUCGUGUAAGCUGAAGUAUUUGAAUGGUGCUGCACCGGUGGUGUAUGGUGUCCCGGUGUUUUUGGAUUGA